CUGGUAUAUUAUUAUAUCGAAUAGCUACUGGUUUGGUUUUGGUUGAUUUUGUGAGUUCAAAAAAUGGAGCUCCAGAACACAGUGAAACAAGCCCUAAAUGCACUGUACCAUCACCCAGGCGAUACUUUGCGUAUGCAAGCCGAUCGGUGGCUGCAAGAUUUUCAGCGCACACUCGAUGCGUGGCAGGUUGCUGAUAAUUUGCUUCACGACGCCACAAGCAAUCUAGAAACCUUAAUCUUUUGUUCUCAGACCCUUAGAAGCAAGGUACAACGAGAUUUUGAAGAACUACCUUCUGAAGCUUUUCGUCCAUUGCGGGAUUCCUUAAAUACAUUACUGAAAAAAUUUCACAAAGGGCCUCCUAAAGUUAGAACUCAGAUUAGCAUUGCGGUGGCUGCUUUGGCUGUAUAUGUUCCUGCAGAAGAUUGGGGAGAUGGUGGUAUUGUGAAUUGGCUUAGAGAUGAGAUGAAUUCUCAUCCAGAAUACAUACCAGGAUUCUUGGAGCUACUUACAGUUUUGCCUGAGGAAGUAUAUAAUUACAAAAUAGCAGCUCGUCCCGAAAGACGCCGUCAAUUUGAAAAAGAGCUCACUUCUCAAAUGGAGGUUGCUUUAAGUAUCUUGACAGCUUGCUUGAGUAUCAAUGAACUUAAGGAGCAGGUUCUCGAGGCAUUUGCAUCUUGGCUUCGACUGAAGCAUGGGAUCCCUGGAUCUGUGCUUGCUUCUCACCCAUUGGUGCUCACAGCUCUUUCAAGCUUGAAUUCCGAGCCUCUUUCAGAAGCAUCCGUAAAUGUGAUUUCUGAAUUAAUACACUACACAGCGGCAGGAAGCUCUGGUGGUGUUGCUGUACAGAUGCCCUUGAUUCAAGUACUUGUACCUCACGUUAUGAGUCUAAAGGCACUUCUUAAAGAUUCUUCAAAGGAUGAGGAGGAUGUCAAGGCUAUAGCUCGAUUAUUUGCUGACAUGGGCGAUUCAUACGUUGAACUGAUUGCCACUGGUUCUGAUGAAUCAAUGAUAAUAGUAAAUGCAUUAUUGGAAGUUGCUUCUCACCCAGAAAAUUAUAUCGCUUCAAUGACAUUUAAUUUUUGGCACAGUCUUCAGGUGAUCUUGACCAAAAGGGAUACUAGUUUACCAUUUGGUAAUGAAGCAUCCAUUGAAGCUGAGAGAAAGCGGAGGCAGGGUGCUUUUGUUCCAUCAUAUGAGUCACUUGUUUCUCUGGUUAGCUUCCGAGUUGAAUAUCCUCAAGAUUAUCUUGAUCUCUCACACGAGGACCGCAGAGAGUUUAAACAGACUAGAUAUGCUGUUGCCGAUGUCCUGACUGAUGCAGCAUCAGUUUUAGGUGGUGAUGCAACGCUAAAAAUCCUUUACAAGAAGCUCCUUGAGGCCAUAGCUCGCUGUGGAAAUGGUGCAAAAAAUGAAUGGCGCCCAGUGGAGGCUGCUCUAUUUUGCAUUCGGGCUAUAUCAAAUUAUGUUGCAGUUGUUGAAGCUGAAGUAAUGCCUCAGGUUAUGGGAUUGCUUCCCAAACUUCCUCAACAACCCCAACUACUUCAGACGGUGUGUUUAACAAUUGGAGUAUAUUCAAAGUGGCUUGACUCUGCAUCAAUUGGACCGGCUAUAUUGCCUUCACUGAUUGAUAUCCUCAUGAGUGGCAUGGGUACAUCUGAAGAUUCUGCAGCUGCUGCAGCUUUGGCAUUUAGACACAUCUGUGAUGAUUGCCGGAAAAAGCUUUGUGGAUGCAUAGAGGGUCUCUUCCAUAUAUACCAUAGUGCAGUUAGUGGAGAAAGUAGUUUUAAAGUGGCUGCUGAGGACUCAUUGCAUCUAGUUGAAGCCUUGAGCAUGGUCAUUACAGAACUUCCUCCCGACAAUGCUAAGAGGGCUCUGGAGGCAUUAUGCUUGCCAGUUAUUACUCCUUUACAGGAAGCAGUUAGUCAAGGUCCAGAGAUAUUAAAUAAGAAACCUGCUCGUGAAUUAACUGUUCAUAUUGAUCGAUUUGCAUACAUAUUUAGAUAUGUAAAUCACCCUGAAGCAGUAGCAGAUGCAAUUCAUAGGCUGUGGCCAAUCUUUAAGGCAAUCUUUGACCUUCGUGCUUGGGAUAUACAAACAAUGGAGUCUCUUUGCCGAGCUUGCAAAUAUGCUGUAAGAACUUCUGGAAUGUUCAUGGGAAUCACAAUUGGAGCUAUGCUGGAAGAGAUUCAAGGCCUAUAUAAACAGCAUCAUCAGUCAUGCUUUCUUUAUCUCUCUAGUGAAGUCAUAAAGAUAUUUGGUUCUGACCCUUCUUGCGCAAACUAUUUAAAAAUCUUGAUUGAAUCACUCUUCAUACACACAACGCGUCUUCUCACAAAUAUUCAGGAAUUUACUGCCAGACCAGACAUAGCAGAUGAUUGUUUUUUGUUGGCAUCAAGGUGCAUUCGCUAUUGUCCACAGUUAUUUAUUCCAUCUGAAGUAUUUCAACCAUUAGUAGAUUGCUCAUUGAUUGGGAUCACGGUACAGCAUAGAGAGGCCUCCAAUUCCAUAUUGACCUUCUUAUUCGAUGUCUUUGAUCUUGCCAACUCUAGCAAGGGAGAGCAAUACUUACCUAUCAGGGACAGUGUGAUUAUCCCUCGAGGGGCCAGCAUCACCAGAAUUUUGAUUGCCUCUUUAUCAGGAGCUUUACCAAGUUCUCGAUUGGAACCGGUAACUGACACAGUACUGGCAUUAACGCAUGCCUAUCGGGCACGAGCAGUGGAGUGGGCUAAGGAGAGCGUUUCUCUAAUUCCCUUGACAGCUGUCACAGAAGUUGAGAGGUCAAGAUUUCUGAAAGCAUUGUCUGAUGCAGCUUCUGGAUUUGAUAUUAAUAGUCUGACUGUUGCAAUUAAAGAGAUGGCAGAUGUUUGCCGCCGCAAUCGUACUGUUCAGGAGAUUGUUCAAGGAGCUCUGAGGCCGCUUGAGUUGAAUUUGAUACCUGUAUCAUAGGAGAUUAGUGAGUGACAAAAAAGGGCCAUUUUGAUUACGCCACUAUGUCAAAUUGCCAAAUUUGUCUGUGUAUUAGCUGUGUUUUCUUUUUCUUUUUUUUUUACCCUUUCUGUAUUUAAUUUUCAUUCUCCCAUUUUAAAGGAGAAUCAUUGGGUUGGAGGAGCGACCGUUGUUGAGCUGUUGAUGAGAUGUGGGAAUUGGGAUCAUAGAGUGGUUUCACUUGUCUUGGCUUUGUCAUUUUUUGGGGUACCAAGUUUAUUCAGUAUAGAGUUGUAAUUUACUGUAAUGGAAAAGAAAACAAAAAGAGAAGGUAAAAAAAAAAAAAAAAAGAAAAAAAAAAAGAAGCAUUCUUUAGGAGUCAUUGAUCUUUCAUCCUUUACAAUGUUGGAAUUUUUUGAACCCAUUGCUAUUCUUACUAGUCGUCUACUCGUCUUUGUCUU